CAAGAUAUACCAGUUCUGCUGGUAGUCAGCGUCGAGGUAUUAUCAGUGUCCGAGACAUACGUGACCAAUUCUUUCGUCGUUCUUCUUUUUAUUUUCUUUAAAAGAGAUUACUUCAGCAGUUGUUUCCUUCAAAUAUUCCACAAAGAUUAUAAAAUCAUCGAGAUAUGUAAUGAUAUUUUUAUUCCAUUGACGUCGAAGUUUUAUCAUUUAUUUUACUGACUUUUCUUUUUUUUUCCUUUUGUAAUUAUAUUAAAAAAAAAAAAAAAGAAGUUCUAUUGUUGUUAUCGUAUUUUUUCGAGUUCAUGAUAAUGAAAUAAGCAUCGUGAUAAUAGGAUGACAACGACGUCAAUGUUAAACACCAGGAGUUGAUAUCUCCUUUUCUAAGAUUAGGAGUGUAAUUAGAUGCACGCGAAUUCAUAUAUCUAUGUACAUAUGUAUCUAUAUAUUUUCUUUUAUCGAGAAAUGGAAAGUAUAGAGAUAAAGACGAAGUAGGUAAAUACGUGUUUUUCGAAAGGCAAUUUCAUUUGUCGCUACCGACGUUGAAUUGUCGUUCCAUCGGGCUAAUUGAAUUAAUUAAAGUCAUCCGUCACGAAAACGUUUACGUAUUGUGCACUUUCCUCAGACACCUGAUUCUACGAUUCGUGCAAUCUCUUAGUUCGGUUUUUUCAUCGAAUUAAACAAAAAGGAUUAUCGGUGAAAGGAUAAUAACAAGAGUGAUUAUUUAAUAAAAACUUAAAAAUCGUUCUAACAACGAGAGAUUCUUUUACUGAGAUUAAACAGUGAAUCGUGCGUUCGAAGAAGGUCGAAAUGUCGACGACGAUUAAAAGACGGAAGACUUGGUAUAAUAAAACCGAGGCUGGUAACAAGCUCGAGUCAUGGUUUACCAGGCCCAAAAAAUCUGGUCGUGGGGGUGGAGUCAGAAGUGGUACGGAUAACAACACAAUGCCUCGGCCACAUUCUGGCGAUGAUUUCAAUGAGAUCGAACAGCAACGUUGUAUCAUUGAAAAAAUGGACGAAGAAGCUGUUAACGAUCGUUUCGAAGAAAUGUUGGCCAACAUGAAUUUAACGGAGGAGAAAAAGGCUCCGCUUCGUCAGCAAUCCGAAUCGAAGAAGAGAGAGAUGUUGGUGUUACAUUACAAGGGUAGCAUGCAGGAGAAUAGAUCGAAAUUCGACAAACCAGCUGAUUACAUCCAAUAUCUAGCUCAGCCGGAUCUAAGUGUAAACAAGAUCCACAAUUGCAUAGAAUCACUUAGAAUCGCAUUGACGAAUAAUCCUUUGAGUUGGGUUCAAGAAUUUGGUACUAAGGGAUUGAAGCAGGUUUUAGCAACUCUCAACGAAUGCUACAGAAAUGCCUUCAUAUAUUAUGAUAGCGAUAAUCGAUACGAACGGAUACAGUACGAAUGUAUACGAUGUUUAAAAGCGAUUAUGAAUAAUACCGUUGGAAUAAAGGAGAUGUUAGCUCAUCACGAAGCAUUGACGAUAGUGGCAAGAUCGUUGGAACCCACGAAACCAUCAGUGAUGUCGGAAGCUGUAAAGUUACUAGGUGCAGUUUGUCUGAUUUCGAGUGAUAGUCAUAAAAUGGUUUUAGAUGCGAUCACUAUGAAUGGCGAGUUCAAGGGCAGAGAAAGAUUUUUACCCAUUGUACAGGGAUUGAUGAAUAGGAAGAAUGAAAAUUUAAGGGUAGUGUGCCUUCAACUUAUAAAUUCGAUUAUUAAUUCUGCCGAGGAUCUAGACUUUCGAUUACAUUUAAGGAACGAAAUAAUGCGAGUAGGAUUAGCGGAUAUAUUAGAAGCUUUAGAAAAGGAUAAGUCCGACGAUUUGUCUCAUCAUUUAAGGAUCUUCAAUGAAUAUAAGGAAGACGAUUACGAGUUAUUUGUACAAAGAUUCGAUCAUGUUCGAUUGGAAUUAGACGAUGUCAAUGAUUGCUUCGAGGUAGUGAAAAAUAUGGUAAUGGAGACUUCCGCCGAGCCGUAUUUCUUGUCGAUACUUCAGCAUCUACUACUUAUCAGGGACGAUGCUUUGGUGAGGCCAGCUUAUUAUAAAUUAAUAGAAGAGUGCGUAUCGCAAAUCGUGUUACAUCGUUCAGGCUGUGAUCCAGACUUUAGUGCGACGAAACGCUUUCAAAUAGACGUACAACCAUUGAUCGACACUUUGGUCGAGAAAUCGCGAGCGGAGGAAGAGCGACGUUUAAUGGAGGUGUCUCAAAAGUUGGAGGAAGCUAUAGCUAGUAAACAGGAGGCUGAAGCGAAGCUUCAACACGCUGAGAAUAAAAUUAAGGAACUCGAGCAGGGGACUGGAAAAAGUGGGGGUGGGGGAGCUAGUACGAAAACGAAUUGUCCGAUAUUACCACCUCCGAUACCUGGUUCGAAUGUAACACCACCUCCGCCACCACCUCCACCACUUCCAAAUUCGAUUGGACCGCCGCCACCACCUAUGCCACCUGGAAUGGGUGUAUUACCACCACCACCACCACCAAUGCCUGGAACAAAGGGACCACCUGGUAUGGGAGGUCCUAUACCUCCUCCUAUGCCAGGAAUGGGAGGUCCUCCACCUCCUCCUAUGAUGGCUGGAAUUACAUCCAUGAUGCCGUCGUUACCUAAUGGACUGAAACCUAAGAGAAAGUGGGAGGUCGAAGGUCGAUUGAAGAGGCCCAACUGGAAAGCAAUAUCGCCGCAUCAAUUGACGGAAGAAGUAUUUUGGACAAAGGUGCAAGAAGAGAGAUUAGCUGGUCCGGAAAUACUCGAUGGUUUAGCACAAAAGUUCGCGUCGAAACCAAGUGGCAAGAAAAUCGAUGACGUCGUUGAUAAAUCGGCAACGAUAAAGAAAGUGAAAGAUCUCAAGGUUCUAGAUAGUAAAGCUGCACAAAAUAUAUCGAUACUUCUUGGGGGUACGUUAAAGCAUAUGUCGUACGAAGAUGUCAAGGGAUGUCUUUUUAGAUGCGACGGACCAGUUAUCUCGGAUAACAUAUUGCAAGGUUUAAUUCAAUAUUUGCCAUCGCCCGAUCAAUUAGCGAAGUUCCAACUUUACAAAGACAACUAUGACGACUUGACGGAAGCCGAACAAUUUUGUGUUACGAUAUCAACGAUCAAAAGAUUAUUGCCUAGGUUAAAGUCGUUGAGCUUUAUGCUGAGAUACGAGGAAUUGGUACAGGAUAUUAAACCAGACAUAGUAGCAGGAACGGCAGCUUGCGAGGAGGUUAAAGAAAGUAAAAAGUUUGCGAAAAUACUCGAAUUGAUUUUAUUGUUUGGAAAUUACAUGAAUUCCGGGGGUGGAGCUUCUGGUCAAGAUUUUGGCUUUCAGCUUAGUUUUCUAACCAAGUUGACGAGUAUAAAGGCUGCGGACAACAAAGAAACUCUCAUGCAUUACUUAGUAUCUACGAUAGAGAGAAAAUUCCCAGAAUGUCUGAGUUUUACCGAAGAACUGGCACACGUAGAUAGAGCGAGCCGUGUCUCUUUAGAUAACGUACAGAGAAUACUUCGUCAAAUGGAUUCUAACAUUCGAAAUCUUGAACAAGACCUUUCUAACGCCAGAAUUCCACAAUGCGAGGAAGAUCUAUUUUCUGAGGUCAUGACUCCAUUCGCUAAGAAAGCCAGAGAAUCUUGCGAAGUAUUGAAGAAUAUGUUUAAAAACAUGGACGGUCUUUACACCGAAAUCUCUGUAUUCUUCUGUUUCGAUAAACAGAAGUAUACAAUCGAGGAAUUGUUUAGCGAUAUAAGGACGUUCAAAGAUGAUUUCGUGCAAGCACAAAAGGAAAUGUUAAAGUUACGGGAAGCGGAAGAGAAGCAAAGAAGAGCGAGAGAAGCGAGAGAGAAGGCGGAAGCUGAGAAAGCGGCACGCGCGGCGCGAAAGAAAGCGCUCGUCGACAUGAACGCACAUGAUACUCAAGAAGGUGUUAUGGAUAGUUUGAUGGAAGCACUUCGAACCGGUUCUGCUUUUAGUCGACCGGAUCAACGACGCAAGAGGCAAACACGCAUUGCUGGUGCAGAAAGGAGAGCACAACUUAAUAGGAGUCGGUCGCGUACAGGGCUGGUUGGAUCUGGUUUACUUGGAAGAGAGCCAUGAACAAACCUUUUAAGUUCAGCAGUAAUAUACCAGAAUGUCAGAUUUCCGUCCUAAACUUGAUGCUGUGAUGGUUUUACACUUCGGUUAUGUUUGGAAUGCCAGAGACAACUAGAUAGAACACAUGGUGUUUCAUCCAGCAAAGACGCAAGAAAUAUCGCGUCCGAUUAUUAUUCGUUAAUAAUAGAACCGUCGGUUGAUAAUAAGUUUGAUAAUAGUCUUCCUUAGGUAUUUCGAUGUUACUUGGGUACAACGUUUUAUCUUGAAAUUCUUAUAAAAUAAUUUUACAUAUAAAAAAGGGAGCUGCGCAUCGAUAUUAUUCUAGAAAUCAAAACGAAAAAGGAACAAUUAUGACCAUGCUGAAAAAAUAUUUCAUCAUUAUUUUAAGAGAUAUAAUAUAAUGCUGGUCAUUCAUGUCAGGAUUUUUAAUAUUAGAAAAUCUAAAAUAUAAUAAAGGGAAAAAGUUGGAAUAUAUUUAAUGAAUAGGAAUCGAUGAUCUUGGUGCAUAAUAAUUUUUCUUAGUUACGCUUUUAAAACUUAUCGAUUUUUGCUCUAAAAUGAAGUUUCAUUGUAAAUCGAGUCAGUCAUACGUACCUACGUAUCUUUCAUUAUUCUAUCCUUUUUUGUCCCUUUUUAUUUUAUUUAUUUAUUUUUUUUUUUUUAUAAAAUGCGCUUGUACGAGGACACUGAAAACGGCUCUGAUUUAAAGACGAUUGAUAAUUUGGUGCUCGAUAAUCCGUAAGAAAAUUUUCAAAUGUUGUGGUAAUCAAAAUUAAUCGUAAUCGCGUUUGAUUAAUAACCAAAGAUCAACUAAUUUCUUUGUCAUUAUCAGCCGUUACGAAGAUGAUUAUAAAAUUCAAACGAUACGUUGAUUCAACGUUGAUAUAACGUUAGUUAUGUCGUCCUAGUGAUAUUUAAACAUAUACAUACACACAGAGCAGACACAUAUACACACGUACGCACGCACGCAUGCACGCGCUCAAACACAUCUCGACAUACUUGUGCAAAGUGUGAGUGCGUAUUGCCAAUAUAUUUUAUACGUGUAUAGUAUAUAUGCACAUAAGUUUUGUAUAGAUGUAAUUGCAAUGUUACUAUUAUUGUAUAAUGUUAGAUAGCGUUGGAUAAUUAAAAGAUCACUGUAAAGUACUUGUCGAGGAAACUAAUGUGUAUAUAUAUAUAUAUAUAUAUAUAUAUAUAUGUAUGUGUGUAUGUAUAUAUAUAUAUAUGCAUACAUAUAUUAUAUACAUAUGUCAUAUAUAUCAUAUGUAUAUAUAUACAAACAUAUACAUAUAUAUAUAUACAUAUACAUAUACAUAUAUGUUCGUCUCUAUUCCAUUAUAGCGUAAGUGAUAAUGGAAGACAAAAAUGUGUUCUUAAUUUUUAUUAAAUAAGACAAUUAUACACAGGGAGAAGGAACGUGUGCUCCGAAUUGCGCACGUCUUUUGUGAUAUGCAAUUGUUUUUAUACUAUACGAAGAGCAUUACUUACGUUAGAAGAAGGAGAAACAGGUGUUUUCUAUUAUUCUUUCUUGCAAUGUAAACCCUCAUUCGAAAGUAUUGCAUUUAUAGGAAAAUGUUCAGAUAUAGUCUUGCAAAUUGAUAUUCAGGUGGUCUCUUUCUCUCUCUCUCUCUCUCUCUCUCUUUUUUUUUUAUUUUUAAUGAGAAUCACACACUGGUGCAAGUUCCAAUCAAGUGAUAUGUUUGUACAUAGUUGCUACAUCGUCUAACUUUAAGAAGGCACAAACUUUUCAUUUUAUAAACUGCUAAAUAGAAUAUAAAUGUAUAUAUAUAUACACGUCCGAGGAUAAGUAGAGAAAUUAACGCGAUCAGGCAGAACGAUAUAUUUCAUAAAAAAAUAAAAAAAAAUUAAAAAAUAAAGAAAAAGCGUUCUGUUCGGAUCGGUAUACUCAUGAGAACGAUAAGUAUAAUUUUUCGGUAAUACGGUGCCAAAUUUCCGAUUACAUGUAUACAUAUUUCGUAGGACAUGGGAUAAACAAUUCUAUUUUACUUUCUAUAUCCAAUAUAUCAGCUUAUUUUACAAUAUAAAUUUUAUAAUCGUGCCUACAAAAAUCGCUCUAUAAUACACAAUUGAAUUUAUUUUUCGAAUCUCAAAGUUCGUACGCGAUGAUAAUAAAAUUGUUCAUAUUGUAGUUUAAUACCGAAACUUAAGAUAAAAUUUGUAUCUAUAAUGUGAAUAUGUGAAUUUUAAUAAUAUUAAUGUAUUAUUAUUGAGACACACAAGACAUCACAUAGCAAAUUGUAUUCAUUUGAUAUUCCCGAUAUGUAAAUAUUUUAUAUAUUAUUAUACAUGAUUCCUACACACAUAUAUACACACACGUGUGUGUCUGUGUGUGUGUGUGUAUAUAUAUGUAUGUAUAUUAUGCGUGGAUAAAAGUAGGAGGUUUAAGCAAUACCGAUGUUAAAAGAAAACCGGGAAAACAUAUGUGUCUACAUAUCUACUCUCGCAAGAGCAAGUUAGAAUUGUACGUUUACUCGAUAAGGAUGGAAAGUGAAAAGCGCGAGAAAUCCCGUUUGGUUUAAAUACUGCCACCAAUGGAAUGAAGAAAUUGCCGUUUGUACGAAAACGAUUGCGUGCGAAUAAGGAAUGAUUGCGAACUGUUAAAAAUGCAUAUUUGCAAUCGAAGCGAUCUAACUACUAUAUAAAUGGCAUUUCAAAUUUAGACGAAGGCCGGCCAAGAGCUAUAUAACGUUGUUGUAAUUAAUUUUAUUUUGUAUGUAAGUUUCCUAGUACCAUUAUCUCGGUUUUAUAAUGCUCAUGUAAUUAUAGUCGAGUCAAUAAUUAGUCACAGUCAUUCCAGCGAAUGACUCGUCUUCGAUCAUUCGCCGAACAAUAAUCGUUUCGUCUUUCGAUAGAAAGAAAGAUCGACGAAAUAAAACAAAAUUUAAUAUCA